CCCAUUUUUUAUUUUAACUGAAUCACACUCGAACUCGUAACCUUCAUCAGCAAGAAAACUAUAUAAGUGCUUCUGCUCCUCGUACCAGAAUUCUAAAGCUACAUAUAAUACAGUCUUCUCCAAUCCGAACUCCCUAUCUACCACACCCAAAAAUCCACUGCCUCUAAUCACUCUUUUCCUUCGAUCGUUCAUACCCAUGUCGAAGCUGAAGAUUGCAGGGACAUGGGCUGGUGUUAUAGAGGUCGAAUUGGAGAAUUGGACCGUGCCCAUGUUGAGAGAAGAGGUUGCUAAACGAUCAAACUGUGGACCCAACUCCAUCAAUUUGAUAUGCGCCGGUAAAGUUUUGAAAGAUGGCGAUGGAAACGAUAAGCUUGGCCAAUUGGGCAUCAAGAACAACUCCAAGAUUUUGUCUACCCGGGUCGCUGCCGAUGAGGGUAAAUUCUUACAGAACGAAUUGAUGGCUGAGGAGGAACGCUCUCGUAGACUUGCUCGACUUAAGUCGGCUGCUGCCGCAAUGUCCCAAAGAAAUGCAGAUGGUACAUUACCAGUUGAUGAUCAAGUUAUUGAACUGGAAGAUCAAAGUGGACGACAAGUGAAAUUAGGAACAGAGACUGAUCAGCGGGCAAUCAUGAUGGGCCUGAUGCUUCAUACUAAUGGAAAGGAGCUAAUUAAGAAGGAAAAUUACAAAGAUGCAAUGGAAGUACUUACUAUGGGAGAGGAGGCAUUCUCUUUGUGUGAUCCGAAGGUCAUUGAGUUUAUCGACAAUCCUCCAAUACUGCAAAUAGACAUUGUGUGGUGCUACUUCAUGCUACAAGACAUUAGCUGUCUCUCAGUGGCAGGGGAGCGCCUUCAGAAAGCUAGACAGAAUUUUGAACGUUCUCACGGAAAGGAUUCCCAACGCGUCAGAUUCCUUCAAGGAGGUCGCUACCCAGAGCUUGCACUAUAUUUGAGAUUGGAGCUGCUGGAAGGAGUGGUAGCUUACCACAGUGGUCAGUUUGAUAAAUCAAGAAAGGUGCUGACCUCUGCGCGAGAGAGAUUUAUCCGGCUACAGGUGCCAGAUGAAGCCUUGUCACUUGUUAUGAGCAUGGGCUUUAGAGAACAUGAUGCAAAGAGGGCAUUGCGGAUGAGCAAUCAAGAUAUUGAGAGGGCCAUCGAUUUUCUUGUUGAACAAAAAGCAAGGAGGCUACAGAAAAGGGUAGAGGAUCUUCAGAAACAAAAGGAGAUUAUGGAGCAAAAGACGUAUGGAAGGACACCCUUAAAGAAGGCUGUGGAUCUCCAGAAGUUGAAUGAAUUGGUUUCUAUUGGGUUUGAGAAGGAGCUCGCAGCUGAAGCACUUCGACGAAAUGAGAAUGAUACUCAAAAGGCAUUGGAUGAUUUGACCAAUCCAGAUAUUAAUUCUUCAAUUCAGUUUACUAUUGAAUCAAGGAAAAGAAGGAGACAGCAAAAGGCUAAUGAUGCUUCAAUUGAAAGCCUUGUGCAAAAGGGUUUCGAAAGAUCAAGAGCAAUUGAAGCUGUUCAGGCUGGUGGGACAAUCGAGGAAGCAAUGCUUCGACUGCUGUCGCAAUCUGCAUCAGUCCCCACAGAUGCCGCUGCUGACAACAAUACAGAGUCGGCACCUAUUCCUCCAGUUGCUUCUGAUGCCUUUGCGAGUCCUUCAGUUCCAUUUACCGACAAUAUUGUGGAAGAAGAUGAUGAUGAUGGAGGUCCAUCUACUGCUGGAAAAGCAGAAGAGCGUGAUGCAGAGAUGGAGGACAUGCUUGCAGAUGGACUUGCAAAGGUCGACGCUUUGUCAGAUUACGACAUUGAAGUUACCAAAGAAGGUGAAGCCAUAACUGAGUACUUGGCAAUGCUGGAUUCAGCGGGCAAGUUGUGAAAGCAGGAUAAUCUUCCUGGAGAGAGUAAUGCAAACAGAAUAAUGUGAAUAAUUAGUACUAGUUGAUAAAAUAUGGGGGAUUUUACAAUUUAUGCAGAACAAGUUGUAGGGGAGAUCCAUAGUCUAACUGACAUUAGAGAUGGGUAGUUAAUAAUUGAUCCAAUAUUCACAGAUGACGUAAUUGAAACAAAUUUAGCUGUUUAAAGCAUUAUAUGUGCUUUUGUGAAUAUUAGUUCUUCAUUACAGCUAAAGAAGAUAUUACUUAUACACAAGUCGUUUUAUUGAAAUUACAGCUUGACAUUUUCUUCUUACA